CUCAGAUCAGAUGACCGUUUAUAAUUUCUCUAGAUGAGCGUCCCUCUCUGGAUGUUCGGCUAUCUCUGUGGAUCCCGCCUUAUUUGCCUCGUUGACCUCGACGACAUUUGUGGUUUCUUCUAGAAUCCAAGAACGGGUUGUAGUGGUGCUCAGGUAGAUCACUGCCGAUUUCGGACUGUUGAAGAGAAUUUACUGGAGACACUAUAGGAGAGAAUCCAACCGUUGAUCGCUCCCUCAUGGCGGAUGUCAGAUCAGGGAGCUCGCAACAAGCGAAGGCAGAAAGCGACGAGAUCUCUAGCCUUUUCCAUAUGGAGUCCGUUCCUUUGGAAACAGCUGGAAUAGUUGCGGGAGGUCCUCCACCAGACCCAACCGGGAAGGCUGAAACAGUGGUACCGCUUCUUCCAGUGAGCAGCGCUCCGAGUAACGCAGGCGAUCCGAGCACUCCGACGUCUGCCAUCGUUACGAUGGCGACUUCGGAAGGCCCGCCUGUUUAUAACACUCUCAAUGAACCCGUUAUGGUGACUUUGAAGAGAGACGUGUGGCGUGUGAUACACAACCUUCGAAACGUGGUGCUGCCGAUCGGACGAGGCGAGGGGGCUCACAGCUCCAUCCGUGACUGGGACCUGUGGGGUCCUUUCUUCUUCAUCAUCUUCCUCGCCUUCAUCCUCUCAUCCUCCGCUUCCGAAAACAAGUCCAAAGUCUUUGCAGUGGUCUUCGGUGUUCUCUCGUCUGGGGCAGUCAUUCUCACUCUCAAUGUGCUCCUACUGGGAGGGAGGAUCAUCUUCUUCCAGAGCCUCAGUGUCCUUGGCUACUGCCUUUUCCCACUUGACGUUGGAGCCUUCGUGUGCCUAUUUAUCUACAGCAAGUGGAUUAGAUUCGCUGUUGUCAUUGUCACCCUGCUCUGGAGCUCCUCUGCAGCUUACCCUUUCGUGUCCGGAGCCGUGCCAGAGGCUAGGAAGUUCCUAGCAGUGUACCCAGUGUUCCUCCUGUAUAUUUCUGUAGCUUUCUUAGUGCUAGCCAAUGAUUAGGGUAGUCAUAUUGCUGUAAUGAAAUUGGCAGAUAUCUCUGCCACUUAUGACUCAAAGGAUGACUCG